GGGAACGUUGAGGGAGCCGCCCAAUAGGAAAGAUAACUUAAAGCGCGUGCGAGACAGCUGAGCAAAAAAAAAAAAAACCCCGAAAAAAAAAACCCAAAACGGGGCGGAGAGGCUUAAACGGGGAAGCAGGAUGCCGUUAAGGCGCCGCCAAUCUUCAAUCAGGUAAGGGAGGAGAUUGAAGGACUGCCGUAUCAGCGAAUGGGAGCCCAGGGAUGGUCGAGGAGGCGGGGUUUUCCGGACGCUCCUCCUUCCUCCCCUCUUCCAAGCUUGCCCGGUCAAUCAGGUGGCUUAGGAUGUGCGGUCGGCGGCGCCGGCGGAGCGCGAUGUGGCUGUGGAGGGGCUGCUGGGCGGUGUCUCUUCUCGGCGGAGGGCUGUGGUGCGGCUCCGGCCUCGGCGUUCCCUCCGGGGUUGAUCGGGAGCCGGCAGCCGCAUGAGCUAUAGGCAGCUUUCGCAGCGGGCAGCCCUGCCCCCUAAUGGAGGAGCCGUUCCGUCCUCCUCCCCCCCCUCUCCUCCUCCCGCGCAGCCCCCUUCAGCCGCCGCCGCCGCGGGGGGAGGCUGAAGGGGAGGGAGCGGCGGCGGCGGCGGCAGCGAGCCCCGCUUGGGGGAAGGCGGAAGCCGCGGCCUCAGGCGACAGCGCCGACGGGGCCGGCCUCUGGACAGCAGUCUUCGAGUACGAGGCGUGCGGCGAGGACGAGCUGAGCCUGCGUCCCGGCGACGUGGUGCAGGUGCUCUCCAGGGACGCGCAGGUAUCCGGUGACGAAGGCUGGUGGACGGGCCAGAUCGACCAGCGCGUCGGCAUCUUCCCCAGCAACUACGUGACCAGCAGCGGGGGCGGCAGCAGCGGACGCCGCCUCCGCCUCCAGGAAGGGAGGAGGUCGGAUCUCCAGGCUGCUAGUCCGGCCAUCCAGUUGCUGGAAAUUGACUUCUCAGAGCUUAUUCUGGAGGAAAUUAUUGGCAUAGGAGGUUUUGGGAAAGUUUACCGCGCAAUUUGGUUUGGAGAGGAAGUUGCUGUCAAGGCAGCUCGCUAUGAUCCAGAUGAAGACCUCAGUGAAGCCAUUGAGAAUGUCCAUCAAGAAGCCAAGCUCUUUGCUAUGCUAAAACAUCCCAACAUAAUUGCCCUUAAAGGUGUAUGUCUAAAGGAACCGAACCUUUGUCUGAUUAUGGAGUUUGCCCGUGGAGGCUCAUUAAAUAGAGUGCUGUCUGGUAAAAGGAUUCCACCAGACAUUCUGGUUAACUGGGCUGUCCAGAUUGCUGAAGGAAUGAACUAUCUGCAUGAGGAAGCAAUUGUUCCUAUUAUCCACCGGGAUCUGAAGUCCAGCAAUAUAUUGAUCCUUGAAAAAGUGGAAAAUGGAGACCUGAGCAACAAAAAUUUGAAGAUCACUGAUUUUGGCUUGGCCAGAGAAUGGCAUAAGACUACGAAAAUGAGUGCAGCUGGAACAUAUGCUUGGAUGGCUCCUGAAGUUAUCCGUUCAUCUAUGUUCUCUAAAGGCAGUGAUGUGUGGAGUUAUGGGGUAUUGCUUUGGGAAUUACUAACUGGGGAAGUACCAUUUCGAGGAAUUGAUGGCCUAGCAGUAGCAUACGGUGUUGCUAUGAAUAAACUUUCGCUUCCUAUUCCUUCAACGUGCCCAGAACCUUUUGCCAGACUGAUGGAAGAUUGUUGGAAUACUGAUCCUCAUUCAAGACCAUCCUUUGCAAAUAUUUUGAAUAAACUAACUAAUAUAGAAGAAUCUGGUUUCUUUGAAAUGCCAAAAGAAUCAUUUCAUUCCCUGCAAGAAGAUUGGAAAAUUGAGAUCCAGGAAAUGUUUGACCAACUCAGAGCCAAGGAAAAGGAAUUGCGGACAUGGGAAGAAGAGUUAAAACAAGCAGCAGUUCAACAGAAAAACCAUGAAGAACUACUACGGCAACGUGAGCAAGAGUUGGCAGAACGAGAAAUAGAUAUUUUGGAAAGGGAACUCAAUAUCAUCAUCCACCAACUGUGCCAGGAAAAGCCCCGUGUGAGAAAACGCAUGGGCAAAUUCAGGAAAAAUCGGCUCAAGUUGAAAGAUGGCAAUCACAUCAGUCUUCCCUCUGAUUUCCAGCACAAAUUCACCGUGCAGGCAUCUCCAACCAUGGAUAAAAGAAAAAAUUUGAUCAACAACUGUGCUAGUCCUCCUGCCAGCCCUACUAUCAUUCCUAGACUCAGGGCCAUCCAGUUAACCCCUGGGGAAAGCAGCAAAACCUGGGGACGCAGCUCUGUGUUCCAGAAAGACGAGGAAGGAGAAGAAGAAAAAAGAGGCCAGAAGAAAAAGGGUCGGACAUGGGGGCCAGGUUCUCUUUGCAGCAAGGAGCUAACAUCAAGUGAGGAUGGCCUAAAGUCCCUGGCAGAUGGCGCUAGACAGUGGUCAUCUAGUGCUCCAAACCUUGGAAAAUUCCAGCGAACAAUAGUCCCUUUUCCUGGGUUUGCAAGCCUAAUAGAGAUGGACAAUGAAGACAACGAUUCUUUGAACGAUACAGAGAGCAAGUUGCAGCAAUCUCCUGGAUUUAACCAAUCAUACCUCUGCAUCCCGUUUCAAAAGAAUGAUGACUGGGAUACCCAUUCGAGCGAUCCAAAUGAAGAGAUUACUCCAGUGAACUCUUGCACAAGCACUCCUCAGCUCACUCCCACCAACAGCCUCAAACGUGGUGGCUCCCAGUAUAAACAAUGUCAGUUGGCCUUUCUAGGCUGUGGGGCUGUGUUGGCUGCUGCUGGCCUAGGUUUUGAUCUUUUGGAGGCUGGCAAGUGCCAGCUGCUAGCCCAGGAAGAUCAGGACAUGUCCAAGGAAGAGAAAAAGAAACGGGAAAGUAUCUUCCAACGGGCUGGUCUAUCUCGGAGGAGUACUAGCCCACCUUCAAGGAAAAUCUUCAAGAAAGAAGAACCCACAUUCUUGUUAGGUGAACCAUCCAGUUCUCUGACUCUACUCUCUUUGUCUUCAAUUUCUGAAUGUAACUCCACCCGUUCUUUGCUUCAUUCAGACAGUGAUGAAAUUGUGGUAUACGAGAUGCCUGUUAGCCCUGUGACAGUGAAGGCUCCCUUGCCAGUAGUUAGUAACCCACUAGUUAAUAUCCGAGUUGAGAGAUUCAAACGGAAUCCCAACCAGUCUUUGACACCUACACACGUGACUCUUUCUUCUGAAGCUCAGCAACAGAGGCAUAGGCGCACUCCCUCGGAUGGUGCCAUAAAACUGGCUGAUCUCGUUCCUAAUGGAGAUUCUUCCAGUAAUUGUCCACCAGGAGUGCUGGGAACAGGUAUAAUAAAAACUCCCAGUCCAAGUCAGGGUCCAAAUGAAGUCCCUCGUCUGCCAGAUCCCAACCUCAUCUUCCCUCCAACCCCCAGGCGUUAUAGUGCUCAACAGGAUUCCAUGUUGGAGAGACCCAAGACCUUGGAAUUCCUACCUAGGCCACGCCCUUCAGCUAACAGGCAGCGAGUUGAUCCCUGGUGGUUUGUAUCCCCAAGUAAGGCUAGGGGUGAAUCCUCUGCUAAUAGCUCCAGUACUGAAACUCCCAGUAACCUGGAUUCCUGCUUUGCCAGCAGUAGCAGCACAGUUGAAGAGCAGUCCACGCUGCUUUCUUUUCGUGUCAGGCUGCCUGAAGAGGAACGGACACUGCUGGACAUGGAUGUUGAAGGUCAGAAUCAGGACAGCACAGUGCCGCUAUGCAGAACAGAACUCAGAACGCAUAAAUCUACAGCAUAUGAACUCAAGCAAGAAUUUUGGUCCUAGCAUGAAAUCCACAAGGGGCUGGUGAGCUCCUUUUUACUUCAGUUCUACUUCUUGCACUAAGAAUGCACUUUCAAGCCAGGUAAAGAAGGAAGUUGGUGCUGAGACCAUAUUGCAUUUCUUGGUCCACUACAGAACUGGUAUUGGGGAACCCCGUUUUUUAUAGCUGCAUGUGGCUGAGCUACACAGAGUUGCUGACACUUUUUCUGUGGUUUCUUGUAGUCCUCGUUAAACUGCAACAAGCAAUGCGACGACAUAUAAGCCCCUCUUCUUGAUUUUCAAGAAUACUAUGAUAAUUUGCAAAAAUAGACACGGUGUUUAAUCACUGUUAGAGAGCAGGAAAUUAUGUAAAAAUGUUCCUGCACCAGCACUCUUGUCACCCUUCAUGUUGUUUUUCUCUCUCAAUGCUCUAAACUAGGGCUGUGUCAAAUCUUGGCAACUUUAAGACUUGGGGACUUACAACAUUCAGAAUUCCCCAAUUUGAAUUCUGGCAGUUGAAGCCCACAAGUCUUAAAGUUGUCCAGGUUGGGACAUUCCUGUUGUAAACUAAUUUCUUCUUCUUCUUCUGUCCUUCUCCUUUUCUGUAUGCAUAUGAAACUUCUUUUGAAUCUAAAUAUUGUAGGCAUGGGGGAUUCUAGGGUAUCUGCAGGAAGCCUUCAUUUUUUUUCCAGUUGACAGCAUUGUGGGUUUUGACAUCAUUAUGCAAGCUCUGCUUCUUAUAUAUUUGCUUGUAGUACAGCUCAUAUAUAAAAGGCGCAAAGUUGCUACUACACCUUUUAUCAUUUGCCCCCUUGACUCCCCUCCUCACUCUGAGGGGUUUGGUUCCUUAUAAAUAAUGAACUUGCCAACAUCAUAUAAAGCAUGUUUUCAACUAUAUUUAAUAAUUUCUGUUGAGAGGUAGAGAGCCCUGAGUUUCAAAGUUGCCUAUUUUCAAGCUCCUGAAGUCAGCUAUUUUGGUUGGGCAAAUAAAUGAAUGCAGCGUUACAUUAGGGCUGAAUCACCAGUGGGAUGUAUGUAGUGGGAAGGCUCUGAUAGUGGGACACUGAUACUUUGAUCUAGCCCAGGGGUCAGCAACUCGUGGCUGUGGAGCUGCAUGGGGCUCUUUCAUCCCUCUGCUGUGGCUCCCAAUUGCUGGUCACAAUUGAUAGGGCUUUCAGUUAGGACAGGUAGAGGAAAAAGGACGCCAUGCUAGGAGGAGCCUAUGGUGUGGGAAUCAGACUUCCAGUCAGCUCCAGAAUUGAACGGGGACUUCUGGUUAGGACCUUUGUGGCUCUUUGAGUGUUUAAGGUUGCCGACCCAUGAUCAAAGCCCAAUCAUGUAAAAACACUUUUACAUCUUCAAAAUUACAGAAGAUUUGGGAUACAAUUAGAAAGUGGUAUAAUUCAAUGAAAAAAAAACAGAUAUAGAAUUCUGCAUUCCUUGCACAGAUUUUGGCGAUAUUUUUCAUGAAAAAGUUAUUGACUCCACAUGCCUUUUUUUACCUAAUCUUCUGACUAGGAGUCUAAAGUUUUGGUACAGAUUGGCUAGCCACGUAAGGCAAGCAACAUGCAUUGAUCUCUUAUUGCCAUAUUAUAUAGUUGGGUCUAUUUCUCAUUUUUUAUUUCAGCUGCUUGUAAUAUUUGUUUUUUAAAAAGAACUGAAAAAACUAACUCAUCCUAUACGCUUAGGCUACAUAUUUAACUUCAGAUUUUGAGAUGUUUUCUCCCUAUUGUAACUAUUUUGAUUUUUUUUUUGUUUGCUUGUUUUUGUCUGACAAUGAGUGGCUACAGUUCCUUACUUUGAACCGUAAGCUGGCCACUUGUGAAGAAUGUUAUACAAAUUUUUGGCACCAUUGUUGCCUAAAAUCUAAACAUGAAUUCUGACAAUUCAGGCUUAACUUUGCUUGUGCCACCAGUUUCUUGUAUGACAUCGGGCAAAUCAAUUUGCCAUAUGUGCCUCAGUUUCUCCAUCUGUACUAAUAGCUACCUCAUGAAACAGAAGUGUAGACUUACUGUGCAAGUGGGAACUUACGCCCUCGAUAGAAGUAAACAAUUACGUUAAAAAAAGUUACAUAUGAUGAAAAAAUCUUUCUCUUUGUUAUAAAGUAUAGGCUAGGUAAAUCUUGAACUAGUUCCAUAUCAGUUUAUUCAUCUAGCUGGGCCUAGAGAAUACAAUCUUAACAAUUAGCAUGGAAAAACACUUGCACACUUAUAUAGUCUGGUGCAAUGGCUUGCAUCUUUCUAGGGUCAAAUACUGCUGUUUUAUAUGCUUAGCAUUUCAUCUCCAUAUUGUUCCAGUUAUAAGCAUUGGCCAGCCCAGGCUAGACAAUUCCUAAGCUGCUAAUGGUGGUUUGAACUUUGCUCUCAUCAUAAUUAUGUUUGGUCUUGUCUCAAUUCAAUUUUUUUAAAACAAAUGACCGUUAUUUGGUAUGGCUUUAAUGAAGAAGGUGCAACAGAACAAUUGGAACUUUGGGGAGAACGCAGGUAUUCUGGGCUGUGAAAAUCAUUUUGUGGGACAUUUCAUGAAGUGACUGAAGCACCCUCCAGAUUCACUAUUCAAAAUGUCGAGGUGUUGCAGCCUGUUGAAGUCUCAGGGCAGCCAUUUUGAGAAACUCCCUAAAUUAUCUGAACAUGCAUGUGGGCCUGUUGCUGAGGCAAACUGAAUGGUUAAUAAACUCUUAGAAUCUCCAAACUCUAAAUGCAUGAUUAACAUUAUAGUGCACAUUGCAAAAAUUGACUCUAAGAAUAGCAAACUUAACAAAAGGCAAUUAUUUCCAAAUGUCAUGUAUAUUAUUUCAUGUAUUGAUUUAUUUGAAUUCCACUUUUUUCCCCCCAAGAAUCUCAGGGCAAUGUAUAUUGUCCUCUUCCAUUCCAUCCCCCAUAUCUUUGCAAUAAUGGAUAAUGUGAGAUUUUAUUAAAGAUCUCUUAGUGAGAUUAAUAUAUCUAAAUUGGAUUUAAACUUCAGUAUCCCCAGUUCACGUUCAUCUUUCAAACACUAUGCCAUGAAAUAUGAAUGAGCAGAGAAAGCUUCCAAGAAAGAAGUCAGAUUGUCAUAGUGGCUCAUAUGCUUUGUUCUUACCUAUAGUAUAUAUAAAAUCAGUGGAUUUCAGUGUAACCUGACAGGCAACCAUUCUAUAAGAAGAUUACAUUUUUAAAAGUGGAGUAAUUUUUAAAAUCUUAUUUCCAAUUCCCAAACCUAUUUUCAACCAAUAUCACAUAGGAAGUUCUGUACCAUUAGCUUUUCAGCACUUCAACACAAUAUUAACACAUGCAUGCGUACACACAUAGAGAGAGAGACAUAGACAUACAUGUAUAUGUACAUGUACAUACAUACACACACACAUAUCCCCAACUCCACCAUGUAUUGCAUUUUGCUUGGGGAAAAUUCCAAAAUUAUUUGCACAACUUCCGUUUAUGAAUAUGCAAAUUAUUAAUAUCUAUAUUUUCAUGUCAGGAAAAAUGGACUUGUUAUCAAGCUGUCCAUCUGAGAAAAUGCUGUAUGCUGGCUAGAGCAGGGCAACUUUAAGCCUAUAAGACUUCAACUCCCAGAAUUCCCCAGCCAGCUGGGGGAUUCUGGGAGUUGAAGUCCUCCAGGCUUAAAGUUGCCAAGGUUGGAGACCCCUGGGCUAGAGAGAACUUUUCACAUAUACAUCCUUCUUUACAAAAAGCAAACAAACUGGAAUUUGUGGCAUCAUAAGCCAACUAAAUUAUGGCUUGUCACAAUGUGCUAAAGCUGGUAUUCUAUAUCAUGAUUGGGCAUAUAGGCUAUCCAUGUUUUCCACAUGAAUCUUUCAUAUUCCAUACCUAUGAGCAAACUAUUUCUUUUCUGUAAAGAUAGAGUGUGGUCAACUUAUUACCCUAUAAAAUAGCAGAAUUUUAGCACACUGUAAUGUAUCAGUAUUAUUUAAAUGUUUGUUUGCUCUCCAAAUCUGAGAUUAAAUAUCUUUAAUGGAUAUACUUUGAUUGUUUAUCGCUGCCGUCAUCACACACGCGCACACACGCACAAGUUUGGUACAAAAAGUUUCGAAGAUUGCUGUGCACAGUUGCAGACUAUAUAUUGAUUGUGCAUUUGACAACUUCAAGAAUAUUACAGGUAAGUAAUCUGUUUCUUCUUUUAUAUCUUACCACCUCUAACUGUAUGUAACGUGUAUGUGUGUGUGAGGGGGGCAAGGUUGCUUAUCAAAUUGACUCCCUUCAAUCUAUAUCUGCUGAAAUUUAGAAGUGUAGUUGGGCCAAAAUCUACCUGCUGUAAUCAUAAUCAGUCAUCUCUGGCUCCUUCUUUUCUCUCUCUCUUGAUUGGGUAUGGUUUGGUCUUCUUGAAAGACUGCUCACGUGGAAUAAUUGUACAUGUCUGAUGUAUUUCACAGGUUAGCUCCUGUGGUCUUGCAUGCCCUGGUUUGGAAUGCGGCCAUUUUAGGUUGAUGUUAGUUUAGGUACACAUAACAAGUGUUUUGCGUGGCAACGUAUAGAGGAAGUUGGAUCCUUGGUUUCUUCUCAUUCAGUCUGGCAUGAUAAAAUCCAUUGGGGUUUCUGUCCCAAUAUGAUGUUUGUUAAAAUCUUGCUGUAAAGGCUGUAGUACAAGGAAGGUAUGUUUUUGUCCCCAGUUCAUUGUUACAAGUUUUUGUAUGCUAAACACUCUGUGUUCUUCAUUUUGUGAUAGUGGUUAAAUGAUGUGGAAGUUUGCCUUUUUGUUUGUACUCAGCGGCAAAUUAGGAAAAGGGUGGGAGAGUAAUUUUAUUUUUUAACAAGUGUUACAGCCUGUUGCCUUUGGAGUUUAAAAAUAUUGACAGCAGUGACUGAUUUGUUUUACUCUUGUGGAUUACAUUGACAGGUUACGUUUGGUGUAAUUUAUUGUAUUUUGGGUUUUGUCAAUGUAUUAUGUAUAUAUCUUUAUUGUGUUUUAAUUUAUUUUAUGCCAGCGAACAAAAUGUAAAUUGAAUAAGCUGAUUUCCUUUUCUCUUUUUUUCCCUGAAUGUAUUGGGGGGAAAAGGUAAACCAAGAUGCCAAGCAGGCUUGGUUCAAUGGCUAAGAUUACCAUUGUAUUACAGUGUAAUGCUAUUCUAGGCCUUGU